AUGGAGAAACAUGAAGCAGAAAAGAACCUAAAGGCCGACUUCUGUUUCUGCGCCUCGGCCAUGGCUUCUCAUGCAGAUGCAGAAGCAUUUAGGACCAUGGUUGAUUGGCUGAACUGGAUCUUCUACUUUGACGAGGGUCAACUUGACCGAGACCCAGUAGCCGCAGAGAAAGAGAUCCGACACACAUUUGCUGUUCUAGAAGACGGUGCUGAGACUCCAGACAGAGAGCAAUAUCCCAUGCGAUACUUGUUCCGUACCAUUUGGGACCGAUGCCUCUGUAUACAGAGGGCUUCUCCUGAUGUUCAAACGCAGUUCAAGAUCACGCAUAAGCGAUACUUGGAUGGUCUUUUACACCAGGUGGAGGCAACACGCGAUGGAGAUGGUCAACCUCGAACGGAGGAGGACUACAUCAGAAUGCGGAGGAGGAAUGUUGGUGGAUAUCCAUGCAUCAGUCUCAUUGCCCACAACGAUAUCGUCUCGUACAAGAAAGACGUCAAGUCAGGUAUCGAGCACAACAUUGUCACAGUCCUGAAAAAGAAUGGCUUCACCACUCAGCAAGCCAUGGAUAGAGCUGGUGAGCUUCAGGAUGAGUGUUAUCGCCGAUGGUACCUUGCGCUGACCAGCAUGCCAGUUUGGGGAGAAGCAACUGAUCGUGAAGUGUUGAGAUAUAUCGAGGCAUGCCAUAGCUUUCCUCUCGGUGACUUACUUUGGAGUUUCCAGACUGGUCGGGACUUGGGAGCCACGGAGGGAUACAAGCUGCAUGAGACGAAGGUUUUGAAUCUGUCGGACCUGGAGCCUAUUGCUGCGUAA